AGUUUUCGUUAAUCAACAGAAACUAAAAUUACUUGCAUACUCGUACAGUACGCAAAUGCAUAAAUGUUGCACAUCCUCGCAAGGUCGAAGAUCAUACCGGAGAAUAAAUGGACUGGAACUACCACUCAACUAUCAGCAAGUAAUCGGCUGGUUCGUUCUCAUAGUAACUGGAAUGGUCAAUUUUUUAAUUUUAAUACAAAUUCAAUUUGACGAGUUGAAGAUAUCUUCAUUAAUAGUGUAUAUCGUCUUAUACCUUUCCCACAUUAUAGCGCAUAUCACCGCCUCAUAUAUUGACCCAAGUGAGGAUGAAUUGCGGAAGCUCCCGAUAAACAACGUGCCCGAGUUCGACCGGAGUCUCCACGCACAUGUCAUUGAAAAUGGGCGAUGCCAUCUGUGCAAUAUUUAUACCAGCAGCAAAAACACCAAGCAUUGCAGCCUUUGCAAUAAAUGUAUUAAUAACUUCGACCAUCAUUGCAAGUGGCUGAACAAUUGCAUCGGACAAAGGAAUUACACUUGUUUCCUUGUAAGCGUAACUACAGCCCUUUUGAUUUCUAUUUUGACAUCAUCCCUUUGUAUAACUGAUAUAGUGAUGUUUUUUGUAUAUCCCUAUAAAUUAAGUAAUGUAGCACAGAAAUACAUCAAAUGCCCAUCGAUAUCAGCAUCACCAACAAUAUUUUGUAAGAAUUCUAUAACACUUUUAGUGUUUUUAAUAUUUUUUUGUGCAAUUGCUUUUGCAAUUGCAUGUGCAUUAUUACACUUAUGUUGUUUUCACAUUUAUAUAUCAGUUUUGGGGGUUUCAACUUAUGAAUAUAUUAUGAAAAGUGGUACUCCAGAAGUCAAAUCUAUCUUUUCAAAUAAUUGUCGUGGUUUGAAAAUUCCUGGGAAAAUGUAUAUAAGUAAAUCUACAGACAAAAGCAAAAGUCACGAUGGUGUGAGUACUUCAGAGUGUGGUGCUACUACUUCAAAUAGAGUUGCUAUGAUGAGCGGCCCACCUGUGAACACCGAUACAAAUGUAGCUAAUUUGAUAAGCGUACUUACUGAUAAUGAAUUAGGCAGGGCUACGAGAUUUUUUAUUUAUAAUAAAAAUAAAAUUCAUCCUCAAAGAGAGCAGAGUGGAAGCUAA